UUUGAGGACCGGCAGGAGUGAGGGCUGCUGGGCGGGAGCUUUGUCGGUCCUGGGCCCUCGGAGGGAGGUGAGACCCAGCAGCCCCUGCCCCAGCAUCUGAGCGCCUCGCCUGGGUGCUGCCCAGUGCCCCUGGUAGAGACAGGUUCCCCCGCCUCCCCCCACCCCCAUGGAUCACUCCUCGUUCAGCGGUGCACCUCGCUUCCUAACCCGGCCCAAGGCCUUCGUGGUGUCGGUGGGCAAAGAUGCCACGCUGAGCUGCCAGAUCGUGGGCAACCCCACGCCGCAGGUCAGCUGGGAGAAGGACCUGCAGCAGGUGGAGGCAGGCACUCGUUUCCGCCUGGCCCAGGACGGCGACCUGUACCGCCUCACCAUCUUGGACCUGGCGCUGGGCGACAGCGGGCAGUAUGUAUGCCGUGCGCGCAACGCCAUCGGCGAAGCCUUCGCGGCGGUCGGCCUGCAGGUGGACGCCGAGGCAGCGUGCGCCGAGCAGGCACCCCAUUUUCUGCUGCGGCCCACAUCCAUCCGCGUGCGCGAGGGAGCCGAGGCCACCUUCCGCUGCCGCGUGCGCGGUUCGCCGCCGAUGUCUGUGAGCUGGGACAAGGAUGGGCGGCGCCUGGGCGCGCUGCAAGCUCCCCGAGUGCGCGUGGAGGCGAGCGGCGAGGCGAGCGCGCUGCGCAUCCUGGCCGCGCAGCCGCGCGACAGCGGCACGUACACGGUGCACGCGGAGAACCCACUGGGCGCCGCUAGCGCCGCCGCCGGGCUUUUGGUGGACACGGAAGCAGACACAGCCGGCCAGCCCGGGGCCUCCACAGCCAUGCUCCUGGCGCACCUGCAGCUGCGGCGCGAGGCCAUGCGCACCGAGGGCGCCCCGGCCUCGCCGCCCAGCGCCAGCACGCGCACCUGCACGGUGACUGAGGGCAAGCACGCGCGCCUCAGCUGCUUCGUGAUGGGUGUGCCCAAGCCUGAGAUAGUGUGGAAGAAGGAUGGGCAGCUGGUGGCCGAGGGCCGGCGACAUGUGGUGUACGAGGACGCGCAGGAGAACUUCGUGCUCAAGAUCCUCUUCUGCAAGCAGUCAGACUGUGGCCUCUAUACUUGCACGGCGUCCAACCUCGUGGGCCAGACCUACAGCUCCGUGCUAGUUGUCGUGCGAGAGCCCAUGGUGCCCUUCAGAAAGCGGCUGCAGGACCUGGAGGUGCCAGAGAAAGCAUCGGCCACGUUCCAGUGUGAGGUGCCGCUGCCGCCCAUGGAGUCUGCGUGGUAUAAGGAGGAGACGCGGCUGUGGGCCAAUGCCAAGUACCUCAUCGAGGAGGCAGGCGCUGAGCGCCGACUGACCGUGCUCAAUGUCACCUCCGAUGACGAUGCCGUGUACAUCUGCGAGACGGCGGAGGGCAGUCGCACGGUGGCCGAGCUGGCGGUGCGAGGCAACCUCCUUCGAAAGCUCCCGAGGAAGACAGCUGGGCGAGUGGGAGACACGGCCAUGUUCUGUGUGGAGCUGGCCAAGCCAGAGGGCCCCAUCCACUGGCUGUGGAACCAGCAGGAGGUGGUGGCCGGGGGCCGAGUGGCCAUUACUGCCGAAGGCACGUGCCACACGCUGACCAUCUCCCAGUGCAGCCUGGACGAUGCGGGUGAGGUGGCCUUUGUGGCUGGGGACUGCCGGACGUCCACCCAGUUCUGCGUGUCAGCCCCCAGAAGGCCGCCCCUGCAUGCUCCUGAGGCCCCUGUGGUGAAGGCCAGGACGGAGAGCUCCGUGACCCUUGGCUGGUCCCCACCACCCCAUGGGGACCGCCCUGUUGCUAUCGAUGGCUACCUUGUGGAGAAGAAGAGAGUGGGCACCCACCCCUGGAGCCGGUGCCAUGAAGACAAGUGGGUGGCCACGCCUGAGCUGACUGUGGCUGGCGUGGCCAAGGAGGGGGAAUUCCAGUUCAGGGUGUCAGCUGUGAACAGAUUUGGCCAGAGCCCCUACCUCGAGUUCCCGGGAACUGUACACCUGGCCCCCCAGCUGGCUGUGAAAACACCUCUGAAGGCGGUAGAGGCAGUGGAAGGCGGCGAGGUGACCUUCUCUGUGGACCUCACUACGGCCUCAGCAGGGGAGUGGUUCCUGGACGGGCAGGCCCUGAAGGCCAGCAGCGUGUAUGUGAUACACUGUGACGGCACCCGGCACACUCUCACCAUUCGCUUGGUGCCUGUCAGCCUGCACGGGGCCGAGCUCAAGUUCGUGGCCAAUGGUAUCGAGAGCAGCAUCCGCAUGGAGGUCCGAGCGGCCCCGGGGCUGACGACCAAGUGUCCGGCAGCAGCAGUGGCAGCACGGGAGGUGCUGGCCCGGCUGCACGAGGAGGCCCAGCUCCUGGCCGAGUUGUCGGACCAGGCUGCAGCUGUGACGUGGCUCAAGGACGGACACGCACUGUCUCCAGGCCCCAAGUAUGAGGUGCAGGCGUCAGCCGGGCAGCGGGCACUGCUAGUGCGGGACGUGAAGCAAGAAGACGCAGGCCUGUAUGAGUGUGUCAGCCACGGGGACCGCAUCGCCUACCAACUAUUGGUGCAAGAGUCCUCUGCAGUGUUUAUCAAGGGGCAGCCAGCACAUAAAGAGGUGCAGGCCGUGGUGGGGGCCAGCACCACACUGAGCUGCGAGGUGGCCCAGGCUCAGACGGAGGUGACGUGGUACAAGAACAGGAAGAAGCUGAAUUCGAGCUCAAAAGUGCGUGUGGAGGCCAAGGGCUGCACCCAGAGGGUGGUGGUGCAGCAGGUGGACAAGGCAGAUGCCGGGGAGUACAGCUGCGAGGCCAGGGGCCAGAAGGUCUCCUUCCACCUGGAUGUCACAGAGCCCAAGGUGGUGUUUGCCAAGGAGCAGCCGGCACGCAGUGAAGUGCAGGCCGUGGCGGGGGCCAGUGCCACGCUGAGCUGCGAGGUGGCCCAGGCCCAGACGGAGGUGACGUGGUACAAGGACGGAAAGAAGCUGAGUUCGAGCUCGAAAGUGCGUGUGGAAGCCACGGGCCGAGGGCGGCGGCUGGUGGUGCAGCAGUUGGGCAAGGCAGACGCCGGGGAGUACAGCUGCGAGGCCGGGGGCCAGAGCGUCUCCUUCCACCUGGAUGUCACAGAGCCCAAGGUGGUGUUUGCCAAGGAGCAGCCGGCACGCAGUGAAGUGCAGGCCGUGGCGGGGGCCAGUGCCAUGCUGAGCUGCGAGGUGGCCCAGGCCCAGACGGAGGUGACGUGGUACAAGGACGGAAAGAAGCUGAGUUCGAGCUCGAAAGUGCGUGUGGAAGCCAGGGGCCGAGGGCGGCGGCUGGUGGUGCAGCAGUUGGGCAAGGCAGAUGCCGGGGAGUACAGCUGCGAGGCCGGGGGCCAGAGCGUCUCCUUCCACCUGGAUGUCACAGAGCCCAAGGUGGUGUUUGCCAAGGAGCAGCCGGCACGCAGUGAAGUGCAGGCCGUGGCGGGGGCCAGUGCCAUGCUGAGCUGCGAGGUGGCCCAGGCCCAGACGGAGGUGACGUGGUACAAGGACGGAAAGAAGCUGAGUUCGAGCUCGAAAGUGCGUGUGGAAGCCACGGGCCGAGGGCGGCGGCUGGUGGUGCAGCAGGCGGGCAAGGCAGAUGCCGGGGAGUACAGCUGCGAGGCCGGGGGCCAGAGCGUCUCCUUCCACCUGGAUGUCACAGAGCCCAAGGUGGUGUUUGCCAAGGAGCAGCCGGCACGCAGUGAAGUGCAGGCCGUGGCGGGGGCCAGUGCCACGCUGAGCUGCGAGGUGGCCCAGGCCCAGACGGAGGUGACGUGGUACAAGGACGGAAAGAAGCUGAGUUCGAGCUCGAAAGUGCGUGUGGAAGCCACGGGCCGAGGGCGGCGGCUGGUGGUGCAGCAGUUGGGCAAGGCAGAUGCCGGGGAGUACAGCUGCGAGGCCGGGGGCCAGAGCGUCUCCUUCCACCUGGAUGUCACAGAGCCCAAGGUGGUGUUUGCCAAGGAGCAGCCGGCACGCAGUGAAGUGCAGGCCGUGGCGGGGGCCAGUGCCACGCUGAGCUGCGAGGUGGCCCAGGCCCAGAUGGAGGUGACGUGGUACAAGGACGGAAAGAAGCUGAGUUCGAGCUCGAAAGUGCGUGUGGAAGCCACGGGCCGAGGGCGGCGGCUGGUGGUGCAGCAGGCGGGCAAGGCAGAUGCCGGGGAGUACAGCUGCGAGGCCGGGGGCCAGAGCGUCUCCUUCCACCUGGAUGUCACAGAGCCCAAGGUGGUGUUUGCCAAGGAGCAGCCGGCACGCAGUGAAGUGCAGGCCGUGGCGGGGGCCAGUGCCACGCUGAGCUGCGAGGUGGCCCAGGCCCAGACGGAGGUGACGUGGUACAAGGACGGAAAGAAGCUGAGUUCGAGCUCGAAAGUGCAUGUGGAAGCCACGGGCCGAGGGCGGCGGCUGGUGGUGCAGCAGGCGGGCAAGGCAGAUGCCGGGGAGUACAGCUGCGAGGCCGGGGGCCAGAGCGUCUCCUUCCACCUGGAUGUCACAGAGCCCAAGGUGGUGUUUGCCAAGGAGCAGCCGGCACGCAGUGAAGUGCAGGCCGUGGCGGGGGCCAGUGCCACGCUGAGCUGCGAGGUGGCCCAGGCCCAGACGGAGGUGACGUGGUACAAGGACGGAAAGAAGCUGAGUUCGAGCUCGAAAGUGCAUGUGGAAGCCACGGGCCGAGGGCGGCGGCUGGUGGUGCAGCAGGCGGGCAAGGCAGAUGCCGGGGAGUACAGCUGCGAGGCCGGGGGCCAGAGCGUCUCCUUCCACCUGGAUGUCACAGAGCCCAAGGUGGUGUUUGCCAAGGAGCAGCCGGCACGCAGUGAAGUGCAGGCCGUGGCGGGGGCCAGUGCCACGCUGAGCUGCGAGGUGGCCCAGGCCCAGACGGAGGUGACGUGGUACAAGGACGGAAAGAAGCUGAGUUCGAGCUCGAAAGUGCGUGUGGAAGCCACGGGCCGAGGGCGGCGGCUGGUGGUGCAGCAGUUGGGCAAGGCAGAUGCCGGGGAGUACAGCUGCGAGGCCGGGGGCCAGAGCGUCUCCUUCCACCUGGAUGUCACAGAGCCCAAGGUGGUGUUUGCCAAGGAGCAGCCGGCACGCAGUGAAGUGCAGGCCGUGGCGGGGGCCAGUGCCAUGCUGAGCUGCGAGGUGGCCCAGGCCCAGACGGAGGUGACGUGGUACAAGGACGGAAAGAAGCUGAGUUCGAGCUCGAAAGUGCGUGUGGAAGCCACGGGCCGAGGGCGGCGGCUGGUGGUGCAGCAGGCGGGCAAGGCAGAUGCCGGGGAGUACAGCUGCGAGGCCGGGGGCCAGAGCGUCUCCUUCCACCUGGAUGUCACAGAGCCCAAGGUGGUGUUUGCCAAGGAGCAGCCGGCACGCAGUGAAGUGCAGGCCGUGGCGGGGGCCAGUGCCACGCUGAGCUGCGAGGUGGCCCAGGCCCAGACGGAGGUGACGUGGUACAAGGACGGAAAGAAGCUGAGUUCGAGCUCGAAAGUGCAUGUGGAAGCCACGGGCCGAGGGCGGCGGCUGGUGGUGCAGCAGGCGGGCAAGGCAGAUGCCGGGGAGUACAGCUGCGAGGCCGGGGGCCAGAGCGUCUCCUUCCACCUGGAUGUCACAGAGCCCAAGGUGGUGUUUGCCAAGGAGCAGCCGGCACGCAGUGAAGUGCAGGCCGUGGCGGGGGCCAGUGCCAUGCUGAGCUGCGAGGUGGCCCAGGCCCAGACGGAGGUGACGUGGUACAAGGACGGAAAGAAGCUGAGUUCGAGCUCGAAAGUGCGUGUGGAAGCCACGGGCCGAGGGCGGCGGCUGGUGGUGCAGCAGGCGGGCAAGGCAGAUGCCGGGGAGUACAGCUGCGAGGCCGGGGGCCAGAGCGUCUCCUUCCACCUGGAUGUCACAGAGCCCAAGGUGGUGUUUGCCAAGGAGCAGCCGGCACGCAGUGAAGUGCAGGCCGUGGCGGGGGCCAGUGCCACGCUGAGCUGCGAGGUGGCCCAGGCCCAGACGGAGGUGACGUGGUACAAGGACGGAAAGAAGCUGAGUUCGAGCUCGAAAGUGCGUGUGGAAGCCACGGGCCGAGGGCGGCGGCUGGUGGUGCAGCAGGCGGGCAAGGCAGAUGCCGGGGAGUACAGCUGCGAGGCCGGGGGCCAGAGCGUCUCCUUCCACCUGGAUGUCACAGAGCCCAAGGUGGUGUUUGCCAAGGAGCAGCCGGCACGCAGUGAAGUGCAGGCCGUGGCGGGGGCCAGUGCCACGCUGAGCUGCGAGGUGGCCCAGGCCCAGACGGAGGUGACGUGGUACAAGGACGGAAAGAAGCUGAGUUCGAGCUCGAAAGUGCGUGUGGAAGCCACGGGCCGAGGGCGGCGGCUGGUGGUGCAGCAGGCGGGCAAGGCAGAUGCCGGGGAGUACAGCUGCGAGGCCGGGGGCCAGAGCGUCUCCUUCCACCUGGAUGUCACAGAGCCCAAGGUGGUGUUUGCCAAGGAGCAGCCGGCACGCAGUGAAGUGCAGGCCGUGGCGGGGGCCAGUGCCACGCUGAGCUGCGAGGUGGCCCAGGCCCAGACGGAGGUGACGUGGUACAAGGACGGAAAGAAGCUGAGUUCGAGCUCGAAAGUGCGUGUGGAAGCCAGGGGCCGAGGGCGGCGGCUGGUGGUGCAGCAGUUGGGCAAGGCAGAUGCCGGGGAGUACAGCUGCGAGGCCGGGGGCCAGAGCGUCUCCUUCCACCUGGAUGUCACAGAGCCCAAGGUGGUGUUUGCCAAGGAGCAGCCGGCACGCAGUGAAGUGCAGGCCGUGGCGGGGGCCAGUGCCACGCUGAGCUGCGAGGUGGCCCAGGCCCAGACGGAGGUGACGUGGUACAAGGACGGAAAGAAGCUGAGUUCGAGCUCGAAAGUGCGUGUGGAAGCCACGGGCCGAGGGCGGCGGCUGGUGGUGCAGCAGGCGGGCAAGGCAGAUGCCGGGGAGUACAGCUGCGAGGCCGGGGGCCAGAGCGUCUCCUUCCACCUGGAUGUCACAGAGCCCAUGGUGGUGUUUGCCAAGGAGCAGCCAACACGCAGUGAAGUGCAGGCCAUGGCGGGAGCCAGUGCCACGCUGAGUUGCGAGAUGGCCCAGGCCCAGACGGAGGUGAUGUGGUACAAGGAUGGGAAGAAGCUGAGUGCGAGCUCGAAAGUGCGUGUGGAGGCCAAGGGCUGCACCCGGCAGCUGGUGGUGCAGCAGGCAGGGAAGGUGGAUGCUGGAGAGUACAGCUGUGAAGCCAGGGGCCAGAGGGUUUCCUUCCACCUGGAUGUCACAGAGCCCAAGGUGGUGUUUGCCAAGGAGCAGCCGGCACGCAGUGAAGUGCAGGCCGUGGCGGGGGCCAGUGCCACGCUGAGCUGCGAGGUGGCCCAGGCCCAGACGGAGGUGACGUGGUACAAGGACGGAAAGAAGCUGAGUUCGAGCUCAAAAGUGCGUGUGGAGGCCAAGGGCUGCACCCGGAGGCUGGUGGUGCAGCAGGCGGGCAAGGCAGAUGCCGGGGAGUACAGCUGCGAGGCCGGGGGCCAGAGCGUCUCCUUCCACCUGGAUGUCACAGAGCCGGAACUUGAGCCCCCGACCCUGGAGAGACCCAGACGCAGGGAACCUCUGGUGGUCAGGGAACACGAGGACAUCGUCCUGACAGCCACGCUGGCCACACCCUCUGUGGCCGCGGUGACGUGGCUCAAGGACGGUGUCGAGAUUCGCAGCAGCAAGCGGCAUGAGAUGGCCAGCCUGGGGGACACCCACACCCUGACUGUGCGUGGCGCACAGACCCUGGACAGUGCCGUCUACAGCUGCCGCCUGGGCGCAGAGGAGCAGGACUUCCCGGUGCAGGUGGAAGAGGUGGCUGCCAAGUUCUGCCGUCCCCUGGAGCCCGUGAGCGGGGAGCUGGGCGGCACAGUGAAGCUGGUCUGCGAGCUGAGCCCGGCGCAGGCCCAGGUGGUGUGGCGCCGCGGGAGCACGCAACUCCGGGCCGGCAAACGCUUCCAGAUGGCGGCUGCGGGGCUUCAGCGCUCGCUCACUGUGUCGGGCCUGCGGGCAGAGGAUGCGGGGGAGUACGUGUGCGAGAGCCGCGAUGACCACACCAGCGCCAUGCUCACCGUGAGCGUCCCCCGCGUGGUCAAGUUCACGUCUGGGCUGAGCGCGGUGGUCGCGGAGGAGGGCUGCGAGGCCACCUUCCAGUGCAUGGUGACUCCCAGCGACGUGGCGGUGACGUGGUUCCGGGAUGGCGUCAAGCUACAGUCCAGCGAGAAGUUUCUCAUAUCGCAGAAGGGUGCCAGCCACAGCCUGACUAUCUUGGGCCUGGCCCUGGAGGAUGCCGGCCAGAUCACCGCGGAGGCUGAGGGCAUCAAGACCGUGGCUGCCCUCCGGGUCCGAGAGGCCCCAGUGUUGUUCAAAAAAAAGCUGGAGCCACAGACUGUGGAGGAGCGGAGCUCGGUGACCAUGGAGGUGGAGCUGACGCGGCCAUGGCCGGAGGUCAAGUGGACACGCAACGCCGCAGCCCUGGUGACAGGCGAGAAUGUGGAGAUCCACGCCGAGGGCUCAAGUCACCGCUUGGUUCUCCGCAGUGUGGGUUUCGCUGACCGUGGUUUCUAUGGCUGCGAGACAGCGGAUGAUAAGACGCAGGCCAAGCUGACUGUGGAAAUGCGCCAGGUCCGGCUUGUGCGGGGCCUGCAGACAGUGGAGGCGCAGGAGCAGGGCACAGCCACAAUGGAAGUAGAGCUGUCCCAUGCUGAUGUGGAGGGCAGCUGGACUCGAGAUGGCCUUCGGCUCCAGCCGGGACCCACGUGCCAGCUGGUGGUGCACGGCCCCACCCAUACCCUUACGCUGUCUGGGCUGCAGAGGCAGGACAGUGGCCUGGUUUCCUUCAGGGCGGAGGGCGUGCACACAUCUGCGCGGCUGGUGGUCACUGAGCUGCCUGUGAAGUUCAGCCGCCCUCUGCAGGAUGUGGUGGCCACGGAAAAGGACAAGGUGGUCCUGGACUGUGAGCUCUCACGCCCCAAUGUGGAUGUGCGCUGGUUGAAGGAUGGUGUGCAGCUGCAGGUGAGCAAGACAGUGGGCAUGGUGGCCCAGGGGGCCUGCAGGAGUCUCAUCAUUUACCGAUGUGAGCGUGGGGACCAGGGCGUGUAUGUGUGUGACGCCCAUGAUGCUCAGAGCUCGGCCUCCCUGACGGUGCAAGGCCGAAAUGUCCAGAUCGUGAGGCCUCUGGCGGAUGUGGAAGUGAUGGAGAGGGAGGGUGCCACCUUCUCCUGCGAGGUCUCCCACGAUGAGGUGCCUGCCCAGUGGUUCCGGGAGGGCAGCAAGCUUCGGCCCAGUGACAAUGUGCGGAUCCGCCAGGAAGGAAGGACAUACACUCUCAUCUUUCGGAGGGUCCUGGUGGAAGAUGCAGGGGAAAUCAAAUUUGUAGCACAAUGUGCAGAAUCACGAGCCCAGCUCCGAGUAAAAGAGCUGCCAGUAUCCAUCCUACGCCCGCUGCGGGACAAGAUCGCGAUGGAGAAGCACCGCGGUGUGCUCGAGUGCCAGAUGUCGAGGGCCAGUGCCCAGGUGCGGUGGUUCAAGGGCAGCGUGGAACUGCAGCCCGGGGCCAAGUAUGAGAUGGUCAGUGACGGCCUCUACCGCCAGCUGGUCAUCAACGCCGUCCAGCCUGAGGACGAGGACACUUAUACCUGUGAUGCUGGCGAUGUUAAGACCAGUGCCCAAUUCUUUGUGGAAGAGCAAUCCAUCACUAUCGUGCGGGGCCUGCAGGAUGUGACGGUGAUGGAGCCCGCCCCUGCCUGGUUCGAGUGUGAGACCUCCAUCCCCUCGGUGCGGCCGCCUAAGUGGCUCCUGGGGGAGACGGUGCUGCAGGCAGGGGCUGACGUGGGCAUGGAACAGGAGGGCACAGUGCACCGGCUGACGCUGCGGCGUACCUGCUCCACCAUGACGGGGCCGGUGCACUUCACCAUCGGCAAAUCACGCUCCACCGCCUGCUUGGUCGUCUCAGACAUUCCCAUGGUGCUCACGCGGCCACUAGAGCCCAAGGUGGGGCGUGAGCUGCAGUCGGUAGUCCUGUCCUGUGACUUCAAGCCACCCCCCAAGACCGUGCAGUGGUACAAGGAGGAGACACCCCUGGUGCCAUCUGACAAGUUCAAGAUGGGGCUGGAGGGCCACAUGGCAGAGCUGCGCAUCCUGCGGCUCACGCCCGCGGAUGCUGGUGUCUACCGGUGCCAGGCCGGCAGUGCCCAGAGCAGCGCUGAGGUUACUGUGGAAGUGCGGGAGGUGACGGUGACGCAGCCACUGCAGGACUUGGAGGUCACGGAGGAGGGCUGUGCCUGCUUCUCCUGCGAGCUGUCCCACGAGGACGAGGAGGUGGAGUGGUCGCUCAAUGGGACGCCACUGUGCAACGACAGCCUCCACAAGAUUACCCAUGAGGGCCGCCGCCACACGCUGGUGCUGAAGCAGGUCCAACGGGCUGACACGGGCACUGUAUGCGUCUCCUCGCCCAAGGUUAUGGCCUCGGCCCGCCUGGAGGUCAAAGGGAAGCCGGUGGUGUUCCUGAAGGCGUUGGACGACGUGUCCGUGGAGGAGUGGGGCACGCUGACCUUGCGGUGCGAGGUCUCUGACCACCAGGCUCGUGUGGUGUGGCGAAAGGACGGCAUGGAGUUGGGCCCCAGUGACAAGUAUGACUUCCUGUACACAGCGGGCACUCGGGGACUCGUGGUGCACAACCUGAGCAGGGACGAUGCUGGCCUGUACACCUGCGACGUGGGCACUGAUGAGACCCGUGCCCAUGUCACCGUGCACGACCUGCACGUGGGCAUCACCAAGAGGCUGAAGACAGUGGAGGUGAUGGAGGGCGAGAGCUGCAGCUUUGAGUGCGUCCUGUCCCAUGAGAACACUGGCGAUGUUGCUGUAUGGAUGGUUGGUGGGAAAACGGUGGGCAGCUCUGGCCGCUUCCGGGCCACACGCCAGGGCCGCAAGUAUACGCUGGCUGUCCGAGAUGCUCUGCCAAGUGACGCUGGGGAGGUGGUCUUCUCUGUGCGGGACCUCACCUCCAAGGCCUCGCUCAUCAUCAGAGAGAGGCCAGUUGACAUUGUGAAGCCACUGGAAGACCAGCGGGCCGUGCUGGGUGAGGAUGUGGUGCUGAGGUGUGAGCUGUCACGGGAGGGGACCCCAGUGUGCUGGCUGAAGGACGGGAAAGCCAUUCGCAAGAGUAAGAAGUAUGAGCUUCUCGUCGAAGGCACUCGAGCCAUGCUGGUCAUCCACGCGGCCUCACUCAAAGAUUCUGGCGAGUACACGUGUGAGACGGAGUCUUCCAAAAGCACAGCCAGCCUCCGAGUGGAAGAAAAGCCAAACCAGUUCACGGAGGAGCUGGCUGACCUGCAGGUGGAGGAGAAGGGCACAGCUGUGUUCGCCUGCAAGACGGAGCGCCCCGCGGCCUCAGUGACCUGGCGCAAGGGCCUCACAGAGCUGCAAGCCUCGGAGAAGCAUGCUCCCAGCCAGGAGGGCCUGACCUUGCGGCUCACCAUCAGCGCCCUGGAGAAGGCGGACAGUGACACUUACACCUGUGACAUCGGCCAGGCCCAGUCCCAGGCUCGGCUCCUGGUGAAAGGCCAGAAAGUGCUCAUCACAGAGGACCUGGAGGACCUGGAGGUGCAGGAGGGCUCCUCGGCCACCUUCUGCUGCCGUAUCUCCCCUGCCGACUACAAGCCCGUCCACUGGUUCUUGGACAAAACCCCGCUGUCUGCCAACGAACUCAAUGAGAUCGAGGUCCAGCCGGGUGGCUACCAUGUGCUUACCCUGCGGCAGCUGGCCCUCAAGGACUCAGGCACCAUCCAUUUUGAGGCAGGCGACCAGCGGACCUCAGCUGCCUUGCAGGUCACAGAGAAGCCAAGUGUUUUCUCCCGGGAGCUCACAGAUGCCACAGUCAUGGAGGGGGAAGAUCUGACCCUGGUCUGUGAGACUGCUGCUUUAGACAGCCCUGUGUGCUGGACCAAGGAUGGGAAGGCCCUGCAGCCGUCGGCUCGGUGCCGUCUGAGCUAUGAGGGCCGCCGAGCCCAACUGGUCAUCACUGACACCACCCUUCAGGACGGUGGGCACUACAAGUGUGAGGCUGGGGGUGCCUGGAGCAGCUCCAUUGUCAGGGUCCAUGCUCAGCCAGUGCGGUUCCGAGAGGGGCUGAAGGACGUGGAGGUGCUGGAGGGUGGUGCUGCCACACUACACUGCAUGCUGUCAUCGGUGGCCAUGCCCGUGGAGUGGCGUCGUGGAGAUGAGGUUGUGCAGCCUGGAGACAAGUACAGCCUGCGGCAGGAGGGUACCAUGCUGGAACUGCUCAUCCGGGACCUGCAGCCUCAGGACAGCGGGCAGUACUCCUGCUGCUUCGGGGACCAGAUGACAUCGGCCAGGCUCACUGUACAGGCCCUACCUGCUGAGUUCAUAGGAAGACUGAGAAGCAAGGAGGCCACGGAAGGGACCACGGCCACACUGCGCUGUGAGCUGAGCAAGCCAGCCCCUGUGGAGUGGAGGAAGGGGCCUGAGACCCUCAAAGCUGGAGACAGAGUCAGCCUGAGGCAGGACGGAGCCCUGUGUGAGCUGGAGAUCCGUGGCCUGACCGUGGAGGAUGCUGGGGAGUACUCGUGUGUGUGCGGGCAGGAGAGGACCUCAGCCACGCUCACCGUCAGGGGCCUGCCUGCCAAGUUCACAAAGGGUCUGAGGAAGGAAGAGGCCAUGGAAGGGACCACGGCCACGCUGCACUGUGAACUGAGCAAGGCAGCCCCUGUGGAGUGGAGGAAGGGGCCCGAGACCCGCAGAGCCGGGGACAGAGUGAGCCUGAGGCAGGACGGGGCCGUGUGUGAGCUGGAGAUCCGUGGCCUGGUUGUGGCAGAUGCCGGGGAGUACUCAUGCGUGUGUGGUCAGGAGAAAACCUCAGCCGUGCUCACUGUCAGGGCUCUGCCUGCUGAGUUCAUAAGAAGACUGAGAAGCAAGGAGGCCAUGGAAGGGGCCACGGCCACACUGCACUGCGAGCUGAGCAAGGCAGCCCCUGUGGAGUGGAGGAAGGGGCCUGAGACCCUCAGAGCUGGAGACAGAGUGAGCCUGAGGCAGGAUGGAGCCGUGUGUGAGCUGGAGAUCCGUGGCCUGGUUGUGGCAGAUGCCGGGGAGUACUUGUGUGUGUGCGGGCAGGAGAGGACAUCAGCCACGCUCACUGUCAGAGCCCUGCCCACCAAGUUCACAAAGGGUCUGAGGAAGGAGGAGGCCACAGAAGGGACCACGGCCACACUGCGCUGCGAGCUGAGCAAGAUGGCCCCCGUGGAGUGGAGGAAGGGGCCCGAGAUCCUCAGAGCCGGGGACAGAGUGAGCCUGAGGCAGGACGGGGCCGUGUGUGAGCUGGAGAUCCGUGGCCUGGCUGUGGCGGACACUGGGGAGUACUUCUGCGUGUGUGGGCAGGAGAGGACCUCAGCCACGCUCACUGUCAGGGCCCUGCCUGCCAAGUUCACAAAGGGUCUGAAGAAUGAAGAAGCCAUGGAAGGGGCUACAGCCACCCUGAGGUGUGAGCUGAGCAAGGCGGCCCCUGUGGAGUGGAGGAAGGGGCCUGAGACCCUCAAACCUGGGGACAGAGUGAGCCUGAAGCAGGACGGGGCCAAGUGUGAGCUGCAGAUACAUGGCCUGGUUGUGGCGGACGCCGGGGAGUACUCGUGUGUGUGCGGACAGGAGAGGACUUCUGCCACACUGGCCAUCAGGGCCCUGCCUGCUCGGUUCAUCCAAGAUCUGAAGACCAAGGAGGCCACAGAAGGGGCCACAGCCACACUGCGCUGUGAGCUGAGCAAGGAAGCCCCUGUGGAGUGGAGGAAGGGGCCCGAGACCCUCAGAGCUGGGGACAGAGUGAGGCUGAGGCAGGAUGGAGCCAUGUGUGAGCUGGAGAUCCGUGGCCUGGUUGUGGCAGAUGCCGGGGAGUACUCAUGCGUGUGUGGGCAGGAGAAAACCUCAGCCGUGCUCACCGUCAAGGCCCUACCUGCUGAGUUCAUAGGAAGACUGAGAAGCAAGGAGGCCACAGAAGGGACCACGGCCACGCUGCACUGUGAGCUGAGCAAGGAAGCCCCUGUGGAGUGGAGGAAGGGGCCUGAGACCCUCAGAGCCGGGGACAGAGUGAGCCUGAGGCAGGACGGAGCCAUGUGUGAGCUGGAGAUCCGUGGCCUGACCGUGGAGGAUGCUGGGGAGUACUCGUGUGUGUGCGGGCAGGAGAGGACAUCAGCCAUGCUCACCGUCAGGGGCCUGCCUGCCAAGUUCACAAAGGGUCUGAGGAAGGAAGAGGCCGUGGAAGGGGCCACGGCCACGCUGCGCUGUGAACUGAGCAAGGCAGCCCCUGUGGAGUGGAGGAAGGGGCCUGAGACCCUCAGAGCUGGAGACAGGGUGAACCUGAGGCAGGACGGAGCCGUGUGUGAGCUGGAGAUCCAUGGCCUGGUUGUGGCAGAUGCCGGGGAGUACUCGUGUGUGUGUGGUCAGGAGAAAACCUCAGCCACGCUCACUGUCAGAGUUCUGCCUACUGAGUUCAUAAGAAGAUUGAGUAGCAAGGAGGCCACAGAAGGGACCACGGCCACGCUGCACUGCGAGCUGAGCAAGGCAGCCCCUGUGGAGUGGAGGAAGGGGCCCGAGACCCUCAGACCCGGGGACAGAGUGAGCCUGAGGCAGGACGGGACCGUGUGUGAGCUGGAGAUCCAUGACCUAGUUGUGGCAGAUGCCGGGGAGUACUCGUGUGUGUGUGGUCUGGAGAAAACCUCAUCCACACUCAUUGUCACGGCCCUUCCCACCAAGUUCACAAAGGGUCUGAGGAAGGAGGAGGCCACAGAAGGGGCCACGGCCACACUGCACUGCGAGCUGAACAAGGCAGCCCCUGUGGAGUGGAGGAAGGGGCCUGAGACCCUCAGAGCUGGAGACAGAGUGAGCCUGAGGCAGGACAGAGCCAUGUGUGAGCUGGAGAUCCGUGGCCUGACCGUGGAGGAUGCUGGGGAGUACUCGUGUGUGUGCGGGCAGGAGAGGACGUCAGCCACGCUCACCGUCAGGGGCCUGCCUGCCAAGUUCACAAAGGGUGUGAAGAAGGAAGAGGCCACGGAAGGGGCCACGGUCACGCUGCACUGUGAGCUGAACAAGGCAGCCCCUGUGGAGUGGAGGAAGGGGCCCGAGACCCUCAGACCCGGGGACAGAGUGAGCCUGAGGCAGGACGGAGCCAUGUGUGAGCUGGAGAUCCGUGACCUAGUUGUGGCAGAUGCCGGGGAGUACUCGUGUGUGUGUGGACUGGAGAAAACCUCAUCCACACUCAUUGUCACGGCCCUUCCCACCAAGUUCACAAAGGGUCUGAGGAAGGAGGAGGCCACAGAAGGGGCCACGGCCACACUGCACUGCGAGCUGAACAAGGCAGCCCCUGUGGAGUGGAGGAAGGGGCCUGAGACCCUCAAAGCUGGAGACAGAGUGAGCCUGAGGCAGGACGGAGCCCUGUGUGAGCUGGAGAUCCGUGGCCUGACCGUGGAGGAUGCUGGGGAGUACUCGUGUGUGUGUGGGCAGGAGAGGACCUCAGCCACGCUCACCGUCAGGGGCCUGCCUGCCAAGUUCACAAAGGGUCUGAGGAAGGAGGAGGCCACAGAAGGGGCCACGGCCACGCUGCACUGCGAGCUGAGCAAGACAGCCCCUGUGGAGUGGAGGAAGGGGCCUGAGACCCUCAGAGCUGGAGACAGAGUGAGCCUGAGGCAGGACGGAGCCGUGUGUGAGCUGGAGAUCCGUGACCUGACUGAGGAGGAUACCGGGGAGUACUCUUGUGUGUGCGGGCAGGAGAGGACCUCAGCCACGCUGACCAUUAGGGCCCCACAGGUGGUGUUCAGGAAGCCACUGCAGAGCCUGCAGGCUGAGGAGGGCACCUCAGCCAGCCUGCGGUGUGAGCUGUCUGAGCCUAGCGCUGCUGUGGUCUGGAGUAAGGGUGGCCUGGAGCUGCAGGCUGACGAGCGCUGGGAGCCACAGCAGCGGGGCCACAUGGCAGAGCUGGUGCUUCGGGACUUGCGCCGGGAGGACACUGGAGAAUACACCUGCACCUGUGGCUCCCAGGCCACCAGCGCCACCCUCACCGUCACAGUUGCACCCGUGAGGUUCCUUCGGGAGCUGCAGGCCCAGGAGGUAGACGAGGGCGCAACGGCACACCUGCGCUGUGAGCUGAGCCGGGCAGGCGCCAGCGUGGAGUGGCGCAAGGGCUCCCUGCAGCUCUUUCCCUGUGCCAAGUAUCAGAUGGUGCUGGAGGGCACAGCCGCUGAGCUGCUGGUGCACGGUGCUGAGCAGGAGGAUGCCGGCCACUACACCUGCGACACAGGCCAUGCACAGAGCACUGCCAGCCUCUCUGUCCGCGCCCCUAGGCCCACGUUUAAGACGGAGCUGCAGAGUGCAGAGCAGGAGGCGGGUGGUGUGGCCCAGCUGUGCUGCCAGCUGAAUGACUCAGAGCCUGGGGCCCCCGUGCUGUGGCUCAAGGAGGGUGUGGAACUGCAAGGGAGUCCCAAGUAUGAGAUGCGACGCAAGGGGGCCACGUGUGAGCUACUGAUCCACGGACUUGAGGCCAAGGACGCGGGCGAGUACGCCUGCAUGGUGGGCAGCCAGAAAACCUUGGCCUCCCUCAAAGUCAAAGAGCCUGAGGUGACCAUCGUGUGGGGCCUGGUUGACACCGAGGUGCAAGCCGACGGGGAAGCAGAGUUCAGCUGUGAAGUGUCACGGGCUGAGGCCGUGGAUGUGGAGUGGCGCCUCCAGGGCCUGCCACUGCAGAGCAAUGAGGUGACCGAAGUGGCCGUGCGGGGUGGCCGCACCCAUACACUGCGGCUGAAGAGCGUGACUCCCGAGGAUGCGGGCAUUGUCUCCUUCCACGUGGGCCUCCACACAUCCUCUGCCCAACUCACUGUCACAGCCCCUGAGGUGACCAUCCUGGAGCCCCUGCAGGAUGUGCAGCUCAGCGAGGGCCAGGACGCCCACUUCCAGUGCCGACUGUCAAGGGCCUUGGGCCAGGAGGCCCGCUGGGCCCUGGGAGGGGUGCCCCUGCAGACCAAUGAGAUGAACGACAUCACAGUGGAGCAUGGCACACUCCACUUGCUCACCCUGCACAAGGUGACCUCUGAAGAUGCCGGAACCAUCAGUUUCCAAGUGGGCUCAUGUCGCUCAGAGGCCCAGCUGAAGGUCACAGAGGCAGCACCGUGCCUGGUACGUGGCUUACAGAACGUGGACGUCUUUGCGGGGGAGGUGGCCACGUUCUCCUGUGAGGUGUCCCGUGCGGGUGGGCCGGAGGCCCACUGGUGGCUGGAUGGGACCCUGCUGCAGGACGGCCCCCAGAGUGCCAUCUCCGUGCAUGAUGGGACCUUCCACUCCCUCACGCUCUCAGGCCUGGGGGUCGCUGACUCAGGCACCAUCACCCUCCGGGCAGGGCCCCUGGUCUCCAGGGCCAAGUUGUUGGUCAAAGAUCCCACAGUGGAAGUGGUCAGUGCCACGCAGGACCUGGCAGUGGAGGAGGGUGGCCCGGCUGAACUCCUCUGCCAGUACUCACGGCCCGUGCAGGCCACGUGGAAGAUGGACGAGCAGGAGGUGUGCGCUGAUGGGCGCCGUGUCAUCAUAGAGCAGGACUGGACCGUGGCCAGGCUGUCCUUCAGGCCGGCCUUGCCCUGCGACAGCGGCAUCUAUACUUGUGAGGCCGCGGGCACCCGCGUGGUGGCCCUGCUGCAAGUGCAAGCCAAGAACACUGUGGUGAGAGGCCUGGAAAACGUGGAGGCGCCUGAGGGCGGUGAGGCGCUGUUCGAGUGCCUCUUGUCGCGGCCGGAGGUGGCCGCCCACACCUGGCUGCUGGAUGACGAGCCGGUGCGCACCUCUGAGAACGCCGAGGUGGUUUACUUUGAGGACGGCCUGCGGCACCUGCUGCUGCUCAGAAACCUGCGGCCUCAAGACAGCUGCCGGGUGACCUUCCUGGCGGGGGACAUGGUGACAUCUGCGUUCCUCACAGUCCGAGGCUGGCGCUUGGAGGUCUUGGAGGCACCCCGGGACACGGCCGUGCUGGCCGGGGGGCGGGCCAGCUUCAGCUGCACGCUCAGCGAGACAGUGCCGGUGGGUGAGGCGACCUGGUACAUAAAUGGAGCCUCGGUGCAGCCUGACGACGCAGACUGGACAGUCACCGCCGAAGGCAGCCAGCACACCCUGCUGCUGCACCGGGCCCAGCUGCACCACGCCGGCGAGGUCACCUUCGCCGCCCGCGAUGCCGUGGCCUCUGCGAGGCUCACUGUGCUGGGCCUCCCCGACCCCCCAGAGGACGCCGAGGUGGUGGGGCGCACUGGCAGCUCCGUGACACUGUCUUGGGUGGCUCCCACGAGUGACGGCGGAGGCGGUCUCUGUGGCUAUCGGGUAGAGAUGAAGGCAGCAGCCACAGGAGAGUGGCAGCUGUGCCAUGAGCUGGUGCCCGGGCCCGAGUGCCUGGUGGAUGGCCUGGCCCCCGGGGAGACCUACCGCUUCCGUGUGGCCGCAGUGGGCGCGGCAGGCGCUGGGGAGCCUGUGUACCUGCCCCAGACAGUGAGGCUCGCAGAGCCCCAGGAGCCCACGCCUGCACCCCCUGCCCCUGAGAGCCGGCAGGUGGCAGCUGGGGAGGACUUGUGUCUGGAGUGUGAGGUGGCCGAGGCUGGUGAGGUCAUCUGGCUGAAGGGAACAGAGCGCAUCCAGCCCAGUGGGCGCUUCCAGCUUCUCUGCCAGGGUCAGCGGCAGACGCUGUUGAUUCGGGACUUCUCAGCGGAGGACCAGGGCGAGUAUCGCUGCGCCCCUGCACGGGAUCCGGUCUCUGUGGCAGCUGCUGCCUUCCAGGUGGUGCUGACCCCAGAAUCUGGGGAUGAGGUCCCCACACAGCCCAGCCUGCCCCCUGAGGCGGCCCAGGAAGGCGACCUGCAUCUCCUGUGGGAGGCCCUGGCCCAGAAGCGCCGCAUGAGCCGAGAGCCUACGCUGGACUCCAUCAGCGAGCUGCCCGAGGAGGAUGGACGCCCGCAGCGCCUGCGGCAGGAGGUGGAGGAGGUGGCUCCUGACCUCUCUGAGGACUCUUCCACGGCUGACGAGCUGACACGCACUGGCGAGGCUGACCUCUCACACACCAGCUCUGACGACGAGUCCCGUGCGGGCACUCCUUCCCUGGUUACCUACCUCAAGAAGGCUGGGAGGGCCAGUGCCUCACCACUGGCCAGCAAGGUUGAGGCCCCAGCAGCCCCUUCUGGGAAGCCACAAAAGCAGCAGGAGAAGCCAGCUUCAGUACCCCCACCACCAGGAGACCUGAGCGUUGGGGACUUGGGUGACCUAUCCAUGGACAAGGCAGCAGUGAAGAUCCAGGCUGCCUUCAAGGGUUAUAAGGUCCGGAAGGAGAUGCAGCAGCAGGAGGGGCCUGUGUUCUGCCGCACGUUUGGGGACACCGUGGCACAGGUGGGAGAUGUCCUGCAUCUGGAGUGUGUAGUGUCCAGCAAGACAGAUGUGCGUGCCCGCUGGCUGAAGGACGGUGUGGAGCUGACUGAUGGCCGGCACCACCACAUUGACCAGCUUGGGGAUGGCACCUGCUCUCUGCUGGUCACUAGCCUGGGCCGGGCCGACGCUGGCCACUAUACCUGUCAGGUGAGCAACAGGUUUGGCCGUGUGGCCCACAGCGCCUGUGUGGCGGUCAGUGGGACGGAGAGUGAGACCGAGAGUUCCUCCGGGAGUGAGCUGGGUGACACCCUCCGCCGGGCCGCCCGGCGGCUGUACCGCCUCUUCCGCACGAAGGGCCCGGCGGAGGUUUCAGAUGAGGAGAUCUUCAGUGCUGACGAGGGCAAGGCGGAGCCCGAGGAGCCUGGGGACAGGGAGACAUACCGCGAAGAUGAACAGUCCAUCUGCAUCCGCUUCGAGGCGCUUGCCGAGGCCCGGCGGGCAGCCACCUGCUUCCAGGACAUGUUUGGCACGCUGGACAACAGAGUGGACAUCAGCCUGUCAGAGCAGGGGCCGCAUGGGGUGGAGAUGCGCAUUGGCAAGGUGGCCCCCACCCCUGCAGCGCCUCCGGAGCCAGUACUGGCCGCAGAGGCAGCCCCGGUGUUCCUGACUGAGCUACAGAAUCAGGAGGUGCUGGAUGGGUACCCCGUGAGCUUUGACUGUGUGGUGACAGGCCAACCCGUGCCCAGUGUGCGCUGGUUCAAGGACGGGAGGGUGCUGGAGGAGGAUGACCACUACAUGAUCAGUGAGGACCAGCAGGGCGGCCACCAGCUCAUCAUCACAGCUGUGGUGCCAGCAGACAUGGGUGUCUACCGCUGCCUGGCUGAGAACAGCGUGGGUGUGUCCUCUACCAAAGCGGAGCUCGUCGUGGACCUGACCAGCACCGACUACGACACGGCUGCGGAGGCCACGGAAACCUCUUCCUAUUUCAGCGCCCGAGGCUACCUGUCCAGCCGGGAGCAGGAGGGCACGGAGUCUACCUCAGAGGAGGGGCAGCUGCCGCAGGUCGUGGAGGACCUGAAAGAUCUCCAGGUGGCCCCCGGCACAUGUCUGGCCAAGUUCCAGCUCAAGGUGAAAGGCUACCCCACGCCUCGACUGUACUGGUUCAAAGAUGGGCAGCCCCUGACUGCAUCUGCACACAUCUGCAUGACGGACAGGAAGACACUGCACACCCUGGAGAUUGUCUCGGUCACCAGCGAGGAUGCUGGCCAGUACUCGGCCUACAUCAGCAACACCGUGGGUGCUGCUUACUCGUCUGCUCGGCUGCUGGUCCGAGGCCCCAGUGAACCAGAAGAGAAGCCAGCAUUUGAUGUACACCAACAGCUGGUGCCACCCCGAUUCCUGGAGAAGUUCACCUCCAAGAAGGUGAAGAAGGGCUCCAGCAUCACCUUCUCAGUGAAGGUUGAAGGAGACCCACCCCCAGCUGUGCAUUGGCUGCGGGAGGAGGCUGAGCAGGGUGUGCUGUGGAUCGGCCGCCACACGCCGGGCUACACCGUGGCCAGCUCUGCCCAGCAGCACAACCUGGUCCUUCUGGAUGUGGACCGACAGCACCAGGGCACCUACACCUGCAUCGCCACAAACACUGCUGGCCAGGCCCUCUGUUCCGCAAGCUUGCACGUCUCUGGCUUACCUAAGGAGACUGGGGCGGCGGAGGAGCAGGCCAGGGUGAAGGAGGCCCUCAUCUCCACCUUCCUGCAGGGGAUCCAAGCUGUUUCCGAACAGAUGUCGGAACCUUCAGGUUUCACUGACCUCGCUGGGCAGAGGAAAGGAGAGCUCCCGGCAGCAGAGGCCUGUGGCCACCUGUCCUUGGCCGAGGUAGGCACGGAGGAGUUCCUGAAGAAGCUCACUUCGCAGAUCACAGAGAUGGUGUCAGCCAAGAUCACACAGGCCACACUGCAGGUGCCUGGAGGUGACAGCGAUGAGGAGUCCAAGACGCCGUCCGCGUCCCCCCGGCAUGGCCGGUCACGCCCCUCUUCCAGCGUCCAGGAGUCAUCCUCAGGGUCCGAGGAUGGAGACUCCCGGGGAGAGAUCUUUGACAUCUAUGUGGUCACGGCUGACUACCUGCCCUUGGGGGCUGAGCAGGAUGCCAUCUUGCUGCGGGAGGGCCAGUAUGUGGAGGUGCUGGACUCGGCGCACCCGCUGCGCUGGCUUGUGCGUACCAAACCCACCAAGUCCAGCCUCUCUCGGCAAGGCUGGGUGUCUCCUGCCUACCUGGACAGGCGGCUCAAGCUGUCACCUGAGUGGGGGCCAGCUGAGGCCCCUGAGUUCCCCGGGGAGGCUGUAUCGGAGGAUGAGUACAAGACGAGGCUGAGCUCCAUCAUCCGGGAGCUGCUGAGCUCGGAGCAGACCUUUGUGGGCAAGCUGCAGUUCCUGCAGAACCACCACAUGCAGUACCUGGACCGCUGCCCCCACGUGCCCACGGCCGUGGCCAGCCAGAAGGCAGUCAUCUUCCGAAAUGUGCAGGACAUCAGCCACUUCCACAGCAGCUUCUCACAGGAGCUGCAUAGCUGCGACAUGGAUGAUGACGUGGCCAUGUGCUUCAUCAAGAACCAGGCAGCCUUUGAGAAGUAUCUGGAGUUCCUGGUGGGCCGAGUGCAGGCUGAGUCGGUGAUGGUCAGCAUGGCCGUGCAGGAGUUCUACAAGAAAUACACUGAGGAGGUGCUGUCAGCCGCAGAUCCUUCGCAGCCACCCCCGCCGUCCCUGCAGCACUUCCUGGAGCAGCCGGUGGAGCGGGUCCAGCAGUACCAGGCCCUCCUCAAGGAGCUGAUCCGCAACAAGGCGCGGAAUGGACAGAACUGUGCACUGCUAGAGCAGGCCUACGCAGUGGUGUCGGCCCUGCCGCAGCGUGCCGAGAACCAGCUGCACGUGUCGCUCAUGGAGAACUACCCGGGCACCCUGGAGGCUCUAGGCGAGCCCAUCCGCCAGGGCCACUUCAUUGUGUGGGAGGGGGCACCGGGUGCGCGGAUGCCGUGGAAGGGCCACCACCGGCAUGUCUUCCUGUUCCGCCACCACCUGGUGGUCUGCAAGCCCAGGCGGGACUCGCGCACUGACACCUUCAGCUACGUCUUCCGGAACAUGAUGAAGCUGAGCAACAUCGACCUGAACGACAAGGUGGAGGGCGAUGACCGUGCCUUCGAGGUUUGGCAUGAGCGGGAGGACUCAGUACGCAAGUACCUGCUGCAGGCGCGGACGGUCAUCACCAAGAACUCCUGGGUGAAGGAGAUCUGUGGCAUCCAGCAGCGCCUGGCCCUGCCCGUGUGGCGCCCCCCGGAUUUUGAAGAGGAGCUGGCCGACUGCACGGCUGAGCUGGGCGAGACAGUCAAACUGGCCUGCCGUGUGACGGGCACACCCAAGCCCAUUGUGAGCUGGUACAAAGAUGGGAAGCCACUGGAGGUGGAACCUCAUCACAUCCUCAUUGAAGACCCUGAUGGCUCGUGUGCCCUCAUCCUGGACAACCUGACUGCUGUCGACUCUGGCCAGUACAUGUGCUUUGCAGCCAGUGCUGCUGGUAAUGCCAGCACCCUGGGCAAGAUCUUGGUGCAAGUCCCGCCUCGGUUUGUGAACAAGGUCCGGGCAGUGCCCUUUGUGGAAGGAGAAGAUGCCCAGAUCACUUGCACCAUCAAAGGUGUCCCACACCCUCAGAUCAGAUGGUACAAGGAUGGGACCCUGCUGACCCCUGGGGGCAAAUACCAGACCCUGAGUGAGCCCCGCAGCGGCCUGCUGGUGCUGGAGAUCCGGGCAGCUGGCAAGGAGGACCUGGGCCUCUAUGAGUGUGAGUUGGUGAACCGGCUGGGCUCCAAACGGGGCGGCGCGGAGCUGUUCAUGCAGGGCCCGGCGCUGCAGGCCCGAGAACAGCAGCACGUGGGGCAGCUCGCUGCCGUGGAAGAUGCUGCCAUCCCACCCCCAGAUGCCCUGGGGCAAGUGGACCAGGAGAGCACAUCCAUCCAGAGGACAGUGAUGUGCCCUGAGGCUCCGGGACCCACCACAGGGGAACAUACCAGCCCCGGCCCCAGACCUGGGGGGCCACCUGGACUCCAGGAGGCCGGCCAGAAUCCCCCAGGAGUGGAGGCUGGGGAUGCAUCCGGCGAGCCCCGGAAGGUGCCGCAACCUCCCUCCCACGAGGGCCUGGAGCAGAACUCUCGGGCACACGCUGAGGUCCAGGAACGCAUGGUGCCCAUCCGGAUGGAGGGCGCUGCCUGCCCCAGGGCAGGUGCAACAGAGCUCUGGGACAUCCACAGCCACGUGUUCACAGAGACGAAGCACAGGACAUAUGUGUACCAGGCCAGCGACAUGUGUGCCACAAGGCCCCCAUCCAUGCAGGUCACCAUUGAGGAUGUGCAGGCCCAGAGGGGCGGCGUGGCGCAAUUCCAGGCUGUCAUUGAGGGCAACCCGCAGCCCACAGUGACCUGGUAUAAGGACGGUGCCCAGUUGGUGGAUGGCCCCCGGCUCAGCCAGCAGCAGGAAGGGACCACAUACUCCCUGGUACUAAGGGAUGUGGCCCAGCAUGACGCUGGUGUCUACACAUGCCUGGCCCACAACGCUGGUGGCCAGGUGCUAUGCAAGGCAGAGCUGCUGGUCCACGGGGCUUCCCCCUCCCUGGCUACAGGCGACAGUGAGCAAAGCUCUAGGAGGAAACUGCACUCCUUCUACGAGGUCAAGGAGGAAAUUGGAAGGGGUGUGUUCGGCUUCGUGAAGAGGGUGCAGCACAAGGGCAACCAGAUGUCCUGCGCCGCCAAGUUCAUUCCCCUGCGGAGCAGGACACGUGUCCAGGCUUAUCGGGAGCGGGACAUCCUAGCAGGGCUGAGCCACCCACUGGUCACUGCACUGCUGGACCAGUUUGAGACCCGAAAGACCCUGAUCCUCAUCCUGGAGCUGUGCUCGUCGGAGGAACUGCUGGACCGCCUGUUCAGGAAGAGUGUGGUGACAGAGGCCGAGGUCAAGGUCCACAUCCAGCAGCUGGUGGAGGGGCUGCACUACCUGCACGGCCAAGGCAUCCUCCACCUGGACAUAAAGCCCCCCAACAUCCUGAUGGUGCAUCCUGCGCGGGAAGACAUUAAAAUCUGCGAUUUUGGCUUUGCCCAAAAAAUCACCCCGGCAGAGCCGCAGUACAGCAAGUACGGCUCUCCUGAGUUUGUGGCCCCUGAGAUCAUCGAGCAGACCCCUGUGAGCGAGACCUCCGACAUCUGGGCCAUGGGGGUCAUCUCCUACCUCAGCCUGACCUGCUCGUCCCCGUUUGCUGGCGAGAGUGACCGAGCAACCCUUCUGAAUGUCCUGGAAGGGCGGGUGUCCUGGAGUAGCCCCAUGGCCACCCACCUCACUGAGGAUGCCCAGGACUUCAUCAAGGCUGCUCUGCAGAAGGCCAUGGAGGCCCGGCCCAGUGCCGCCAAGUGCCUUGCCCACCCUUGGUUCCUGAAGUCUGUGCCUGCGGAGGAGGCCCACUUCAUCAACACCAAGCAGCUGAAGUUCCUCCUGGCCCGCAGCCGCUGGCAGCGCUCCCUGAUGAGCUACAAGUCCAUCCUGGUGAUGCGUUCCAUCCCGGAGCUGCUCCAGGGCCCGCCCGACAGCCCAUCCCUCGGGGUGGCCCGGCACCUGCGUGGUGAUGCCAGUGCCUCCUCCAGCAGCUCUUCCUCCUCCGACAACGAGCUGGCACCGUUUGCCCGGGCCAAGUCGCUGCCCCCCUCCCCGGUGACCCACUCCCCGCUGCUGCACCCCCGGGGCUUCCUGCGGCCUUCCGCCAGCCUGCCUGAGGAGGCCGAGGCCUGCCCACCCGCCGCAGCCUCGCCUCGGCCUGCGUCGCCCCAGGGUGCACAGCCCCCAGCUGCCCUGGGCUGUGUGCCCCGGCAGAGUGUCAUCCGAAGCCUGUUCUACCAGCAGGUGGGCGAGGGCCCAGAGCUGGGGGGCGUGUCCGCGGGCAGCAGACGGCACCCCGCCCGGCGGCGGCACCUUCUCAAGGGUGGCUACUUCUCGGGCGUCCUGCCCGGCCUUCGAGAGCCACUGCUGGAGCACCGUGCGCUGGAGGAGCAGGCCACCCUGAUGGCCGAAGCACCCUCCCUAGAGGCCGCCCUGCAGAUGCCCGGUGCAAGCGCCCAUGAGGCCUCUGGCUUCAGCCGCUCCCUGGACCUUGACUGGCUGAACACGGCCAGCCCCUCUGCCAAGACCUGCAGCGAGGGGCAGUGUUCCGCUCUGGGCCCCUCGAGCCCUCAGGGGGCCCACGGAGAGAGCGUGCCUGGAGGGGAUGCACGUGCCAGGGAGGAGGAGCACCCAGAGGGGUCCCUGCAGGGGCUGAGACUACUUCCGUCCACCGGUGGUGAUGGGUGCUCCCCUCAGCAAGAGGGGUCAUUCCAGGACAGCUGUGGAGGGCAGGCUGCCCCUUCCUGUCAACCCCAGAGGAGUCCUGCCCCGCAGGACUGUGGCACCCCUGCUGCUUUGGCACCACAACCUCCUGGCUCCUUCCCGCCAGGGCACUGCACAGAGCCCCUCUUGACAUCCCCGAGCCCUUUCUUCUCAGGAAAGCCACAGGCCUCCCUCUCCCCAGCCCAAGCAAGCCCCCAGGCAGACUCUGAGAGAGGGCUGAAGGACAUCCCUCUUGCCGGGAGGCCCGAUCCACCCAAACCCCCAGAGCCAGCCUCCCAUGUGGGCUUGGAGCCCAGCCCCUCCUUGGACACUGAAGGCCUGUCCCAGGAGACAGAGGGCCCGUCCCAGUCUUCGCCCAGCCCACAGCGGCCUCAGGAGCUGGCGACCACACGGAAGUUCUCCCUGGGAUGCCGUGGGGGCUACGCGGGGGUGGUGGGCUACGGCACCUUUGCCUUUGGUGGGGAUGCCGGUGGCAUGCUGGGUCAGGGCCCCCUGUGGGCCAGAAUGUCCUGGGCCGCCUCUCAGUCCUCGGAGGAGGAGGAGGAGGCAGGGGCCGAGAGCCCACCACCCCAGGCCAGCACAGUGCCUCUACCUGAGGGUGGCAGGGCCCUCCCGAGGGCCUCCCAGGAGGUGAGCUCAUGGGAAGACUUAAGUGGGGGCCCUCAGGUGUCGCUCGUACAGAUCCGGGACCUGUCCAGGGACCUGGAAGCGGCUGACACUGUGUCUCUGGACAUCUCGGAGGUGUAUCCUGCCUACCUCAAUUUGUCUGACCUGUACGACAUCAAAUACCUCCCGUUUGAGUUCAUGACCUUCAAGAAGGUCCCCAAGCCUGUGGAGCCAGAGCUGCCACCCUCCCCCGAGUCUGAGGCUGGGGAGGAGCUGGCUGAGCUCCCAGAGGCCACAUGGCCCUGGCCGGGUAUUCUGGGCCCGCCAGAAAGCCUGGAGAUCACAGAGGAGCCAGAGGACAUGCAGGCCCUGCUCGGGGAGGCUGCUGGUGGCAGCAAGCGCAAGUGGUCACCCCCUUCCAGCAGUCUCUUCCACUUCCCCGGGAGGCAGUCACUGCUGGAGGAGCCCACAGAGCUGGGGCUACGCCGGAGAGUGAGGGCCUCGGUGGCCCAUAUCUCCCGCCUCCUGAGGGGCAGGCCUGCAGGUCUGGAGAAGGAAGGCCCCCCCAGGAAGAAGGCAGGCCUAGCUUCCUUCCGCCUAUCAGGCCUGAAGAGCAGGGACCAAGCACCAUCGUUCUUAAGGGAGCUCUCGGAUGAGAUGGUGGUCCUGGGCCAAUCUGUGACUCUGGCCUGCCAGGUGUCGGCCCAGCCAGUUGCACAGGCCACCUGGAGUAAAGAUGGGGCUCUUCUUGAGAGCAGCAGCCGCCUCCUCAUCUCCUCCACGCUCAAGAACUUCCAGCUUCUGACCAUCCUGGUGGUGACUGCCGAGGACCUGGGCGUGUACACGUGCAGUGUGCGCAACGCGCUGGGGACGGCGGCCACCACAGCCAUUCUCCGGAAGGCAGAGCGCCCCUCUUCCUCCCCACGCCCCGACAUCGGGGAGGUGUAUGCGGACGGGGUGCUGCUGGUCUGGAAGCCUGUGGAGUCGUAUGGCCCUGUGACCUAUAUCGUGCAGUGCAGCCUGGAAGGCGGCAGCUGGAGCACGCUGGCCUCGGACAUCUUUGACUGCUGCUACCUCACUGGCAAGCUUUCUCGGGGCGGGGUGUACACCUUCCGGACGGCCUGUGUCAGCAAGGCGGGCAUGGGCCCCUACAGCAGCCCCUCGGAGCAGGUCCUCCUGGGAGGGCCCAGCCACCUGGGUGAGCCACUCUGCAGGGCUCUACGGAAUGCGCCAUGCCACUUCACCUCUGAAGAGGAGAGCGGUGCCCCCGGGCCAGCCCAGCCCCUCCCCAGCAUGCAGACCUUCGCCUUCCAGACACAGAUCCGAAGGGGCCGCUUCAGCGUGGUGCGGCAGUGCCGGGAGAGGGCCAGUGGACGCGUGCUGGCUGCCAAGAUCGUGCCCUGCCACCCUGAGGACAGGACUGCCGUGCUGCGGGAAUACGAGACCCUCAAAGGCUUGCGCCACCCCCACCUGGCACAGCUGCAAGCUGCCUACCUCAGCCCCCGACACCUGGUCCUCAUCUUGGAGCUGUGCUCUGGGCCUGAGCUGCUCCCUUGUCUGGCUGAGAGGUCCUCCUACUCGGAAUCAGAGGUGAAGGACUAUCUGUGGCAGAUGCUAAGUGCUGCCCAGUACCUGCAUGCCCAGGGUAUCCUGCAUCUAGACCUCAGGUCCGAGAACAUGAUUGUCACAGAGUACAACCUGCUCAAGGUCAUCGACUUUGGAAACGCCCAGAGCUCCGCCCAGGAGAGGGUCCUGCCCUCGGAGAGUUUCAAGGACUACGUGGAGACCAUGGCUCCGGAGCUCCUAGAGGGCCAGGGUGCCGUCGCGCAGACCGACAUCUGGGCCAUAGGUGUCACGGCCUUCAUUAUGUUGAGCGCUGAGUACCCGGUGAGCAGCGAGGGAACGCGAGACCUGCAGAAAGGCCUGCGCAAGGGGCUCAUCCAGCUGAGCCGCUGCUACGCGGGACUGUCCGGGGGCGCUGUGGCCUUCCUCCGAAGCACGCUGUGCGCGCACCCCUGGGGCCGCCCAAGCGCGUCCAGGUGCCUGCAGUGCCCGUGGCUGACCGAGGAGGGCCCCGCCAGCUCCCAGCCUGCGGCCGUGACCUUCCCCACCGCAAGUCUGCGCGCCUUCGUGAGAGAGCGCGAGAAGAGGCGGGCACUGCUGUACAAAAAACACAACCUGGCCCAGGUGCACUGAACGCCUGGCCCUGCGGGACCGCACCUCUCAGUCUUUCAGGACUCCCUUCAUAUGCACACACACAUCAAUAAAAAGCAGAACUGGA